CCUAUGCUCGGGAUGACAUUUUCGUUUAUGAACCAAUUGUGCAAUCAGCGUGCCGCUUACAUCGCGGUCGACCAAUCACAACUUCCGACGCUGUGCAGUAGGGGAUUUCAAUAUGGCGGACAUAGAAUUUUAUCAAGAUGAUGCAGAGGAUCCCCUUGGUGACGGUGAUGACAUCUUAUUUGGUGGAGAUUAUGAACAGGGUCAGGAAGAUCUGUUAACUCCCUUACAGCGUCUAGAACAGUAUGUCAACAAUGACAAUAUAUACACAAGACAGAUGGUGGCACGGGGGUUGCUGGACACCCUGCGUCAGGUGGCGGAGACGGGGGACGACAUCACCAAACUGCUGCAGAUUAUGAUACAGUUAUCUGAGGAUCCUGAGCCCACAGUGAGGUCGGAGCUGAUGGAGCAGGUGCCCCACAUUGCCAUGUUCUGCCAGGAGAAUCGCCACAUAACGCCACUGAAGGACACGGUACCCAUGUACCUGAUGCCCAUGGUGGUGCGGUACCUCAUGGAUACAAAUGGACAGGUAGGUGACACGUGGUGCCACCUGGAUACAAAUGGACAGGUAAGGAAGACGAGCCAAGCAGCAUUACUGGUACUACUGGAGCAAGAGCUGGUGGAAAGAGAGGAUGUAGAAGAGCAAGUCUGCCCAGUUAUCCUAGAGUUGACUGGACCACAUAGUAUUGACGAACAUAGGACUGAGGCAGUGGCUUUGAUGAGCAAGAUGACACCUCUGGUGGGGAGCGACAUGGCAGAAAGGUUGUUUUUACCCAGAUUUGUGGUUCUCUGCACAGACCCUUUGUUUCACAUCAGAAAGGUCUGUGCAGCUAACUUUGGUGAAAUGUGCAGUGUUGUUGGCACCGCGGCUACGGAAAAGCAUUUGUUGCCAAAAUUCCAUUACCUUUGUGAAGAUGGAGUGUGGAAUGUCCGGAAAGCAUGUGCAGAGUGUUUCACGGCCGUUUCGUGUGCGUGCUCACAAGAAUGUCGCAAGAAAGAACUAGCUGGGCUGUUCAUUAACUUAUUAUGUGAUCAAUCUAGAUGGGUGCGUAUGGCAGCUUUCCAGGCUCUAGGUCCCUUCAUCUCCACUUUUGCUGAUCCCAGCAUCACUGGGCUCUACUUCAAUGAAGAUGGUGUCUUAUCGGUCGGACAGGUGGCGCCACAGAAAAACAACACCAAAUCUCCAACAACAGAAGAGGCAAACAACAACAAAAGUGAUGGAGAGAAGAAGGGAGAAGAAGGAAAUCCAGAGGGGACCAAAGAGGGUGACAAAGAGCAGGAGGUGAAGACUCCUGAAAUUCCAAACAACACAAUUCAGCAUCAAGAACAACAAAUAGGCAGUAACAGUAAUAAUGCAAGGACUAGUACAAAUGACACCGACAGCGUUCAGGAUUCUAGGCAGGUGACAGAAUCGGUGUCUGAUAAGAGUGGUUCCACGGCUGAAGAAGCUAUUGACAAUAGUCAGAAUGAUAUUUUAUCUAUAGAAGAUUACAUAAAUAACCUUGCUAUGGAAAUUGAGGCGAGUAGUUUAAGUGAAGAGAACGGCAGUGGAGAUGGUAUCGAUAAGCAUAAUGACGUGCUUUCCGUCGAAGAAAAGCGUGCCGAAAAGUGGAAGCAGUCUCAUCCCAGUGUGCCUCAGUCAUCAGAUCCCGAUUCCGAUGACGUCAUUAACGCCUGUGAUACACCAAGCGAACAAGGUUUUCAGAGUCAGGAAUCAACCACCAGUGCCUCAGGGGCAACGCACAUUCAUUUGGACAAUAUGGCCGCCUUCUCCAGUUUUAAUUACUGGCGGACGCCUUUACCCCAGUUAGAUUUACACUUGGAUAUUGUUGAAGGUAAAGCUACAAAUAUUCACGUGACGGCAAAAGUGGUGGACCCAGUCCAGCAUAAAGUGUUCUCCUCAAAAAUGGACGUUGAGGUCGAUAGCUCGCCAACACCCUCUUCUUCCGGAGACGGAGACUUGGAGCUCUCUGACGAAGGUGAGGUGAAAAUCCAUACUGCGAGUGUUAACUUGGUGAGUGCCGAGGAACCAGAGGAAACCGACUAUAUCGGCAGCAUGCACGUGAUUGGUCAGAAUUUGAACGAGUCCACGAUGGCUGUGAUCAAUGGUGUGGUGCAAGGUACAGUAGAUGUGAAUUCGCCCAGUGGUAUGUACGGAGGUGAGGGUGGGGUGCCCUCGUUCACUCACACGUUCUCGGGGAUGGAAAUGGCCCACAGGGGGUCCACCAGCUCUACAGGGAAUACCAUUACCAAACUGCAGGACGUGAUCCCCCAGAUUCUGCUGGAUAACUACCUUAGCAUGACUGAUGCUGCCCAGGCCCAAACUGUGGAUUCUGAAAUAGCACGGCAUUGUGCAUACAGCUUCCCGGCUGUGGCUUACACACUAGGCAGAGAACACUGGCCCUGUCUCAAAGAUUUGUAUGACCAACUGUCACAGAAUAUUCAGUGGAAAGUGCGCCGCACGCUAGCAUUUUCCAUACACGAGCUGGCGACCAUCAUGGGGCCUGAAGUGACGGAGAAGGACUUGGUGCCCGUGUUUGACGGCUUCCUGAAGGACUUGGACGAGGUGCGAGUAGGAGUGCUGACGCACCUGGCAGACUUCCUCAAGUUGCUGAACCCUAGCACCAGAUCCAUGUAUCUCCCCAAGGUGGCCGAGUUCCUGACCACAGACAACUCUAGAAACUGGAGGUUCAGAGAAGAGUUGGGACAACAACUAGUCUCACUGUGUGAGUUGUUCUCCUGUGAUGAGUUGAGCCGGCAUAUUUUGCCCAUUGCUCUCACUCUGGCGGAAGACAGGGUGGCGGAGGUCCGCAGCAUAGCACUCAAAGAUUUGGCUGUGAUUUUGAGGUGUUUUAACGAGAGUGGCGAGGAGAAUGUGUCCCAGAGCUUCUUAGCCACUGCCUUAGACAAGUUUGCUCACAGUGACAAAUGGUACAGGAGGCAGACCUAUGCACAUUUGUGUUACCACAUUCUCCAAGAAAACUCCUGCUCUGCUGAACAGUUUGCCAUCAGCUGGAUGCCAGCGCUUCUUAGCCUAGCAAAGGAUCCAAUUCCCAAUGUUCGCUUGGCAUUGGGAAAAGCACUGUCGCAGUUUGUGAUACCUGUUGACUAUUUCACCAGUUACACCAACCCACAUCACCAGCUGCUGCUGGAGACCAUCCAAGCCAUGAAGGCCGACGCUGACAGAGAUGUCCGGGGCUUCGUCUCCAUGCCACCACAGACUGAAAUUGAACAUCUAGACACAUUAUACUUUUAGGUCCCAGUAUGAAACUGCAGCAUCUCCCAGGGCCAAGCACACCACUUCCCAGGCAAAUCAAACAAAGAGAAUACCUAUCCAAUGAAGGCCUGAUGGCAGGUGCCAUGGAUAUUGGCUGAUUAAGAAAAUUAAUCAAAGCAAAUGAGAUUUUAGAGGCAAAGGGACAGCAGUUAGAUUUCUUGCCUUAUUUAACAAUUAAUUCCUCAAAUAUCUGACGUGAAUGGGCCUGAAAGGCAAAGGAGAGAAGAUAAUAUAACUGACAGACGAAAUUGAGCUGUGAUUGAGUGUAGCACCACGUGCUGUGGCAAGACCCCCGAGUCCGGCCACUGUUUGGUACCCCAACACUGUGGCUCAUUCCGACUCACCAAGUGGGGCAAUAAAUGGUUAUCGGUUGUUUACAUCAGUAUGAUUUUAUUAUUAAAUCUGAAUAUGUGGAUCUGAGGCUAAUGGAGAUAACAUUACUGCAAUUUGAAACAUGAAAUUUCUGCCAGUAUACAAAUGACAUUCUGUGAGAUAUAGAUAUUUAUGCUCAGGUUAUUCUAAGUUGUGAGGUAUUAUGGAUGAAAGAGGGGGAUGGUCAUAUUAUGGAUAAAAGGGAGAAAAAAGUGUAUUAAUGUCAAUGGCAAUGUAAUUGUUUGUAUGUGUGAUAGUAGAUAUGUUACAUGAAAUAAGUAAUCAACUAAUAGUAAUCAUUGCACCAGGUAAGGUGUUUUUAUUUUGAUUGAUCAAGUUGUAUUAAACGAGCUGUAAAUUCUAUAACAAUGCAAGGAGUUUUGUACCACCAGAUUAUAGUUGGAAGGUGCACUAAAUUUGGUACAUUCUCGUCGACCUCUUUUACCGCAGGUUGUAUUACAUACUGUAUCAGCAGGGGGUAUUUACCGUAAGGAGCCAGUCUUAUCCCUCUCUGGUCCCACUCACUUUUGCUGUUAUUGAAUCAAGUCAAUUACAAUCCCCAGAAGUUGGAGUGGUUAGAAAUGGUUUACUCGUAGGCUUUUUAGAUAAGACAUAAAUAAAUUAAGAAGUCACAAUAUGCCUUAGUUUAAGGGGUCCCAUAGACUCUGAAGCUUUUUUUUUUUUUUUCUUUUUUUUUUCUCCUCUAGUUCUUGGUUGAUGACUGACUACCCACAUCCUGGAGUAAAUCUUAAAGGUGUUUUGGAUUUGUAGUGGUAGUUUCACUGAUGAAAGUUUGACGUCACUGAAGGUGUUAACCAGAUUUUCUUAGUUCAGAACUGGGGUGUUUGUUGCAGAUGAAAAGUUUAUAUUUAAGGUCUUUGUCUUUCAGUUUGUUGUUUUCUUACAAUCAAGUUUACUGUUGAAAAUGACUUUUAUGGUAUAACAGACAUGCUAUGCUGGUGGUGCGUAAUCAGGAGGCGACCCCUGCCUCUCUGAACUAUCUAUUAUUAUCUAAUUGUUAUAUUUGGAACUGACAAAGGAAGGCGCUGAUUUGAUUUUAUGUUAGUCAUUAUUCUUGUUAUUAUUGCAUUAUCACAGUAUACUUAUGCUUUUAAUCAAUUUCUUAAGAGUCGCUUGGAUUGAGACAGAUAGAAGUCCUCAGUUUAGCAAAUACCCUGUAAUAUAUGUCCCAGUAUAGUUAGUAAAACAUGAAGAAGUCUGUGCAUAAGUUCUGUGGGUGAACAGAGUGAUUUCAGGUUUUUUUUUCUUUAGAAUGAUUGAAAAACUUUAAUCACUUAGACACUGACAGAGGACAUAAGUUAAGAACUGAAGAAAAAAAUGGAAUACCAAAAUAUUGUUUUGUUUUUUUUUUAAUGUGAAUUUUUGGCCAUGUGAGUUUUCAGUGUGAAAAAUGAAGCAACAGAUUAUGAAGUGAUUGUUUUAAAAAUUUGCUUCAUGUAACUACAAGAAAACUGGAAUAUGUGCUGUUGUAUUAUUGAAGGGACCAUUCAUUGGAUUUUUAUGUACAAUUUUUAUUUUAUUUUAUUAUUAUGAUUAUUUUAUUUAUUUAUUUAUUUAUUUAUUUAUUUAUUUUGAGAGGGUGGGGAGUGCACAGAAUAUAACUGCGCUAUAGCUGGAUGAAAAGAAACCUGGAAUUAAAAGGUUAUAUCUGUUGGAAUUUGUCACCUUUUAAAGCAAUAGUCAAUAAGUACUAGAAUAAAUCCCUUUUGGAACCUUUGUCUCAAUCCAAAUGGUUCUUUUGGCAACUGGAUGCUCAGAAUACUCACAAAUGAACACGUUUUGAUGAACUGUUCAUGGAACCAUUAUAUACCAUCAUCAUAAUGUGAAUAAAAGAAAUAUUUUCCUGUCAGUACGACAACAUUUAUAAUUAUGUUAUUAAAUCUAAUGUGGUCUCAGCUUUUGGUAUAGUUAAGAAAUGGAGUGAAGCAGGGCCCUUUCUCUCCAUAUAUUACAAAAAAAAAAAAAAUGAUAUAGUAUGUCAUAUGACAGUGGUAUUAAUCGUACAGGAGUCCCUUCUUACCACAUUUAACUAAAACAAUAUAAGUGUAAUUUAAGAUGCAUGCCAUUCAUAGUGGUGAUCACUGAAAUUGCAGAAAUUGAUGUCUGCAGCCACGAGCUAGACCUAUAAAAAAAGCUUAUACUAAGGAAAAUUGUAGCAUAGCCCAUACUUGUUAUUUCAGUGUAUUGAAAUAUAUUUUGCUGUACUAUAUUAUCGUAGAAGGGGGGAGGGUGAUUGGACCAAUUUUUUCAGGUAUUCUCAAGA